AACGAAAUUAUCGAAGAAAACACCACUAACAAUUCCUCUUCCUUCCCUAAUUCUACCACCGGAUUUAGCGAUACCCAUCACAACACCACCAUGCCCACCGAGACCCCUGCACCACCACCAUCCUCUAAGCUUCCUUCCCUCAACAAGUCCUCUUCCUUCCAUAAUUUUACCCAAGUCCCAACGGCCCAGAACCAAAACUCUGAUGAGAAACCGGGGAAAAAGCCGGGUUCCUCCAUUAAAGCUAAGAUCAAGAACUUCUCAGUCAGGACUUUACGAGAUAGCUUUACCUCCAAGUACAAAAAGCAGUCAGUUGUCAAGCCAAAAGACCACAGUGAAAAGAACAGCAGCAGUAAAAUCCAUGAUGAAAAAGAAACACUUUCCAACUUGAUAAGUUCUGAUUUAGAACACAUUAAGGUUGUAUCGGAGAAGCUGGAGGAGUACAAAGGUCGUGUGAAUGAACAAGUCGAAGAUGCAUUGAAGAAAUUCGAGAAGCUUAAAGAGGGUGGAAAGGAGAAGGACCUUCGGGAAUUAAAGAAGGUCGUGACCAAAUUGAAGCUUAAGGUCCCUUCAAAAUACAAGAUUGAUGCAGAAAAAGACCCACAUGGAAAUCAUCAAUCAAGUGAUGCUACAAGAAGCAAGGGAGACAUUCCCCAAGAAGUGCUCGACAAAAUGCCUCAAUUAUACAAGGCAAACAUGUUUGUGAACAGCUUGGAAUUUCAAGAUUUAUUGUCACGUUACCGAGGGCUCACCAUUGAGUUGAAGCUUUGUUUGCUGUGUUUUUCUGUGUUCCCUGAAGAUGCUAUCAUAAAGAAGAGGCUCAUGGUCUAUUGGUGGAUUGGAGAAGGUUUUGUACCACCAAUAAAAAGAACAGGUGAAGGCAUUGAGAACCAGAAAACUGCAGAGGAAUAUGGCAAAGAAUUCUUUGACAAGCUUAUGGAAUUGGGUUUUAUCGAGCCGGUCAAUAACAAGGGUAGUCUCAUUAUUGGCAGUUGCAAAAUGCAUCCUUUUAUACGUUCUGUAGUAGUUAUACUUGCCGAGAAGGCCAAGUUCUUCGAUUUUGAUCUUAAGGGAUAUCCAACUGUGGAAUUCUUGAGUUCUUACCGGGCAUGCUUGUCGGGGAAAGGCUUAGUUUAUAUUGCAGAAUUGGAGAAACUUCAUAUGUUGUUCAAUGUUAAAGAGGCUAAUCUUGAAUUAAAGGCAGAGUGGUUGUUGAAGAUGAGCAAUGUCAAUGUUCUUUAUCUGGGAAGGUGGCAAGCCUCGGCUACUCAGCAUGUUGAAGUUGAGGACGCCAAGUUUUUGGAAGGCUUGGAGAAUAUGAAACAUCUGAGAUUUUUCAGUCUUCAAGGGAUCUCUGGAAUCACUGAGCUUCCUGAAUCCAUUUCAAAGCUCAAGUAUUUGACAAUCUUGGAUCUCAGAGCCUGUCAUAGUCUUGAGGUGAUUCCAGAAGGAAUUGGGCUGCUCGAGAAUUUGACACACUUGGACAUGUCCGAGUGUUACUUGCUUGAACACAUGCCCAAGAAGCUGGCGAGGCUUACGAAACUCCGAGUCCUUAAGGGCUUUGUAGUUGGAGAUAUGCAGGGCAAGCAUUCAUGUACUCUUGACGAUUUGGCAAAACUACCAAGGCUUAGAAAGUUGAGCAUUUACUCUGGCAUGAAGAACUUCCCAACUGAUAGCCAUGUGAGUGCUCUUCAACAACUUCAGGCACUCCUCAAGCUAACAAUAGCCUGGGGAGGGGGUGCUUUACAAGGUAAAGCUGAAGGCAAACCUCGUGAAGGUAAAAAGAAAGACGGUGGAUUAAGAGCUACUCCCAAGAAACAACAGGUGCGCAAAGCUUUGAGACAAGCCAAUGCCUUUAAGCUUCCAACACUUCCUUCACAACUGGAGAAACUGGACCUUAAGUGUUAUCCUGAGAAAGUUACACCCGGUUGGCUAAAUCCUGCCAAUCUAAAGGGCCUGAAGAAACUCUACAUCAGAGGAGGAAAAUUCUAUGAUCUUGGUCAAUUUCAGGACCUUGAUGAUAGCUGGGAUGCAGACUGUCUGGUGAAGGAUACAUGGAAAGUUGAGCAAUUGCGUCUGAAGUACUUGAGUGAAUUGGAGAUGGAUUGGAGAGAACUGCGGGAACUAUUCCCCAACUUGAUUUACUUGGAGAAAGUAAAAUGUCCUAAACUCAGUUUCUUUCCCUGCAAUGAGAGUGGAGUGUGGAUGAACAAGACAAUGCUAAAGCAGAUGUAAACCAGUUGUAAUGUAAGAGAUUGCAUUGUGAAUUUGCAAAAUCUUUUUCCUUUCAAAUUACGAAUUGGCUGUCCAAUAUUCUGGAUGAAUUUCGUUUCUCGUAUCCUGAUUGCUGUUAUCAUUGUUGGAUUCACGACACCAUGUAGCAAUUCCUUCCUAUACAUGUUUGUUUCAAUUAUCAAUGAAAGCCACCCAAGAAUCUUUUGGUCAUAACUGUAUCUGCAAG